CCUUUCAUGGCUGACGAGACGUCACUUCCUAUUCUUACAAAUAAGCCUCGGUUUCAAUUGGCGUGUACCGUUUUUGCUUUCAAGAUUUGUGAUGCAACUUAACAUAUUUCUCUGUGGGCAGUAACACUGCAUUAGCUAGCUUAGCUCAUCCUCCAUGUCAAUGACACAGCACAAGCACAGAUUAUGUGCGAUUUCUUUGGUAUGGCAGACAGAUUCAAAGUGUCCAGUUAAUCUUCUAGGGGCUACUUUACUGUCUAUGAUGGAAAACUUUAUGUUUUCUAGUUAUGUUUUGUUGCAUAUAGAUGCAGGUUUAGGAAUGUCUGCAAGAUUAUUUUACCAUUUCUUUUUUUUUUCUUUUAGGAGUAAAACCACACUUUUUGCCUUUUUGGCUGUCCAUAUAAAUUCUCAAUCGGGACGAUGUUAAGAUACAAUCAGUAUAGUUACAAUGUCGAUGCUCAUAUUAAUCAACACUACAUACUGAUGAGUAUUUAUCGCAUUGCCAGCCGUACUUUUUCUGAUAGCCAGCAAUGUUUUUCUCUCACAAUAAAUCAGCGACUAGUACUUUCAGCCACGGCUUUUCAGAUAAGCGACUAGUAUCUAAUUUGCUGCGACAUGAUCAUGAUCACAUUUAAUAUGCUAUUUUGUAUGGGCAAACAGGAGCUUUCAGUUCUUUCUCCAGUCGUUCCAUGGGAGGUUGAUGAUAUAUGGAGAAUAUAUGCUGGUUAUUUCUUCAUCUUGCAUAUCCCCUUGAGCUUUGGAGGGCUUGGUGUGGUUGCCAAAGUGCUACAGUGCUCCUCACUUGACUCAAUGACAACAGUAAUUUCUACAGUCAUACUUCAGUUAGCAGAGCUUGUUUUGACCUUAGUGCUACUCCAGUACACUGCAAAGCCAGGGCAAACUAUUCAACCUUUCUUUUCUGGGAAGAUUUUUACAGAACGGAAUUGGGUCAAAGAGACUGUAUUAGGCUUUGUAGUUUUGAUGGCCCUGGUAUUGACCACAUCCAUCUUAGCUGAUAAAUUGGUAGGGUCUGAGGAUGCAUAUGAUCCGAUAUUAAAGGAGAUCCUUUCUGACAAUCCAGCCUCUGCUCUAUUGUGUUUCUUUCUCUACUGUGUUAUUGCUCCGCUAUCAGAAGAAACCAUCUACCGUGGGUUCCUUUUAACAUCUUUGUCAUCUUCAAUGAAAUGGCGAGACGCUGUCGUGGUCAGUUCACUUGCGUUCACUGUAUCUCACCUCUCCAGUAAUGGUUCCAUUCAACUGUUCGUUGUUGGAUGUAUUACAGGGUUGGCUUAUUGUCGAACUGGAACUUUGGCUGCUUCUUUCACCAUCCAUUCUCUGUAUAAUGCAGUAUUAUUGUAUAUGGCUUUUGUAUCAUGAUCAUUUUUUAGUAUAAUGUGAAUCCAAGUGUUUUCAUUUUA